AGGUUGAUUUAUAACAUAAUUGGCAUCUUUUGCUGCUUUUAUGCGUCUCAGUGUCGAGACAGUUUUUCCUUCCUGUUUUUAGUGCAGUGACCGCAAAGAAUUGUGGGAUUGCUUUUUCCUUCUUUUUAGAAAAUAGGCUCUGGUGCUUUUCGUCUGUGUGAUAGUAAAAUAAAACAUCGAAGCCUAUUUUCAUGUUAAAUUGCUAAAGGCGAACGUCCAUUUCAAAGUCGGUUUACUAAGUGAAUAGGCUCCUUUUUUUCAGAAAAAAACGACAAUUUGGAUAGACCUCCACAAUGGUUUGCUAGCUUGCAAGAUGCUGAUACAACCCCUGGUGCCAUGCUGACACCUGCUGGAUCCAAUGUUUAUAUAAAACAAGAUAGCUGCAACUAUGGAGCCCUCAGGCCCAGAGGCUUCAUCCCAAAGCCAAAGAAAAGAGGAGAGUGCACCAAAAGGUCAAGGAGAAGGUGGCUCAAAGUUAAAGAAGGCUCAUUUGAAGAAUGCGAGUACUAAAAAGAAAAAACCCAAAAAAGCUACUGUUUCCAGGUCUGCCCGGGUCAACUACACAGUCCACCAAGGAGAAGAUAUGCUUCUUGUUAUAUCCAACGCUUCUUCUCAAUAUGAUGAUUCAGCUUGGGCUCCCAAAAGAAAGGGAAGCAAAAAGAGGAAACUUGUCAGAGAAAACACAAAAGCCAUUCGGACUAAGACGAACAGGACAGUCCAUGUCAAGGGGAAAGUGGAAACUAAAACUGCUGUGGAAGAAGAGGAGCCCUCAAUGUUUGCUUUCCCUCAGGGAACAAAUGACCAGCGUUGGGGCCAGAAUCUGCCAGAGGAGGUGUUGGUCAACAUUUUCCAGAUGGUGGUCAGUCAAGACAACGCAGUCCCAUUUUUAUGCAGGGUGGGAAGAGUUUGUCGUCUUUGGAACGCUGCAGCUUCCAGCCCCAUCCUGUGGCGCAGAGUGACUUUAGGACACUGCUGGAUCCCACCAGGGAAGUCUCAGCUGCCAAAGACUGAGAAAAAAAUAAAGGACACGGUUACCUGGCUGGCUCAGAACAGAUUUUCUCAGCUGCGAGAUUUCGCUCUCUGCCACUGGACAAAGAAUGUUGAUUUCACAUUGCAGGCUGUCUCCCAGUUCUGCCCUCACCUUGCCUCUAUCAAGCUCUCUUAUUGUUCAGGCCUGACAGCGAAGGCGUUCCAAAGCCUCGGUCUGCACAGCCGUGCUCUGCACAGCAUCAACAUCCAGUACUCAGAGUUCCAGGUUGAAGGACUCCUGGAGUAUCUUGAUAAUCAUGGGCAUCAGAUCAAAGAAAUCUCUUUCACUCAUGGACUAAAGAAUGAUAAACUUCUGGCAGCUCUAAAUAGGGGGUGUUGUCCUGAUUUGGAGUUGCUGGAGGUGAACACAAAGCUUGAUAGUAAAGACGGCGAACUUCCAGUUUGCAUCCAGGCACUUCAGCAAGCCUGUCCCAAACUCAAGACCUUUCGCAUGCUGAACGUCAGACCCCUGCAUAAGACGAUGCGCAAUGGCAUGGAUUCAUCACCUGGGUUCCCGUGCCUGGAGGAACUUUGUAUUGCAACCACGUCGUACUCCUACAUGACUGACAAAGAUUUGCUGGACAUUCUGUUUGCCUCCACCAAACUGCGGGUGCUGGACCUUAGAGGCUGCUCACGAAUCACACCACCUGGUCUGGCGCGAUUACCUUGUCCAGAUCUGCAGUGCCUGUUCUGGGGUCAGUACUUCAACAGUCACGUCGGGCUGCCAUCUCUGAAGAGAGAUUUUCACCUGGUGACACAGCUGUGGGGUCAGACACUGCAGCAGCUCGACAUUGCAAACCAGGUUUUCACAGAGGAAGACUUGGAGCUGGCCAUGGGUUACCUGGCAGCUCAGACAAAGACUCUCUGCUCGCUCAACCUCAGUGGGACCAGGAUCACUCUGCGUGCAGUCAGGUAUGUCAUUAGUCGCAUGCAGGCGCUGGACUACCUCAACCUCUCAUCCUGUCGCUAUCUUCCAAGAGGACUGAAGAAAAUCUAUCGGGGCCAGGAGGAAAUCCAGCAGCUGCAGGAGAAACUGAAAGAACUUGUUUGAAUAAUUACAAUACAAUUAUAGAUUCAAAGACAUUGUUGAUGUAGUUUGGAAAUUUGACCUUCAAGCUCUUUUCUGUACAUUUUAUAAGUAAACUGGUAACUUUGUUAACUCUUUUAGCUGUCUCAAUCCCAGUAAUUGUCUGAAAGUCUGAAGCUGUCACCCUAAAUUUUUUCUCUGUAAGCCGGUAAACAAAAAAAAUGUGAAAUCUCAACACUUCAUCCUUUUUUCUUUGACUGUAAAUAAUUUUUUUAAAUUAACACCUUGCUAUGGCAUUUAAUGGGCAUCAGAACUUUCUUUUUUGUAUGUUAAAUAAAAAAUUUUUGUAGUCCAUA